GUCCUCCCCUUCGCGGACGUCACUGAUUGGGUUAUUGGCGGGGGGGCAACUUGACUUCUUUGUGACCGCGCCUGGGUAGAUUCGGUCACUACUGUAUGCAUCUCCUGUGAGUCUAUAUCUGGACGUCCAUUGCCACGAUCUACGGCAUAGUGGUCGGCUAGUUUCCGAUAGGACAUGUCGUAACACCUUCACCAUACCCACCGAGAGCAGCCUCGUCAACGACAAGAUGCCAUCCAAGGCCAUCUCAAAACCCAAGACACCGCGGCAGACAAAGCUCAAUUUCAGCGCUGCAGCAAACGGUGCAAACUCGAAAUCCGCCGCAAAGAAGCAGAAGAGUAAUGGGAACAUAUUGAACUUCUUCAAGAAGGUCGAGGUCGACGAACAAUUGUUCCUAGAGCAAGGGCCUGGACCCUCGAACAGCCUCUCGAUCCUCGAGUCCGAAGUCAAGUCAGAGGAGACGAAAGACGGCAUCGAUGAUCUCUUUGGAGAUGCAGAAGAUGAUGAAACACCCUCGAGGUUCAACGAGGAACAGGCAUCAUUCAAGAGGCGGAAGCUGAGUCACGAUGCAGCGAAUGGUGUUGUACUGCCUCAGGAUGGAGAUACAGCAGUGAAGACAGAGAACGGCAUAACGGGAUCGCAACCCGCACCUUCGUCGCGGAAGAAGAACAAAAAAACACGCAAGGGCCCCUUUUUGGACGACUCGGAUAGCGAGAACGACGUCCCAAUGCCCAGUUCUCCUACAAGGCAAGAAACGAAAGGAGAACCCCCGGAUGAUAUCAUACUAAACGAGGUUACGACAGCAGAAUCACCACCGAUUAGACCAGAACUCUUACGCGACGAGAGCUGUUCGAAUAUUCCCAAAGCGCCCGAGCUGAAGCAGGAGGAUUCUGUGUAUGAUAAUUUCAGGACAUUGGAGGAGAUGGGCCAGGGGUUUGAUGGGGAACUCGAUAGCGUAGAGGAAGGAGAAGAGUAUCGAUAUAUGCGAUUCGCCCAAGAGCAAGCACGAAUCGAAGCUGAAGAAGCAGGUUUUGCCCCUGACGAGGAUUUUGAUGAGGCGGCUGGGAACGACAGCAUGGUAGAAAGCUGUCCUAUUUGCAGUGCGAGUUUAGCCGGCGUUACGGCAGAUCAGGCGACAACGCAUGUCAACGCAUGCCUAGACGGAACCUCUAUACCAGUACCGGCACCCGAGCCUGUCAACCAAUCGCCCGAGAACGCAGUAGAGGUCCUGGACAUCAGCAAACGUUUUACCAAAGCCGCUGUGCCAAGACCUGGCCAAGCAAACCCGAUCACCCUUGGAUCAGGAGCUGGAGAAAGCUCGACUGCAAAAUCUGGCUCUGCUUUCAGCAAGCUGAUGUCAAGUCAUGCCGAAGACACUGCGUGGGCUCAAGCUGCAGCCACCGAACAUGCUUCUCGAGGGAAAUAUGCAUACGAACGUACAUGUCCAUUUUACAAGAUUAUGCCUGGGUUUUACAUAUGUGUUGAUGCCUUUCGUUACGGUGCCGUCAAGGGCUGCAAUGCAUACUUCCUGAGCCAUUUUCACAGCGACCACUAUGUGGGCUUGACGGCAAACUGGACGCAUGGUCCGAUAUAUUGCAGCAAAGUCACUGGAAGCUUGAUCAAAUCGCAAUUGAAAACAGCGGCAAAAUGGGUCAGAGAGAUUGAGUUUGAGGAAACUCUUGAGAUUCCAGGUACAGAGGGCGCGACGGUCACGAUGAUACCAGCGAACCAUUGCCCUGGCAGUUCUCUGUUUCUGUUCGAGAAGGCCAUGGGCAUGGGCCCGAACCCAAGGAAGCAACGCAUAUUACAUUGUGGUGAUUUCCGAGCCUGUACAGCUCAAGUCAAGCAUCCCCUCCUGAAACCAGACGUCGUCGACUCCAUCUCGGGUAAGACGAGGCAGCAGAAGAUAGACAUCUGUUACCUCGACACUACCUACAUGAAUCCGCGCUACUCGUUUCCUCCCCAGGACGAUGUAAUCAAUGCCUGUGCCGAUUUCUGCAGGUCCAUUUCCGGCGAUCCCAAUGCCCUGGACGACGCUUUCGAUGCCAUCAAACGCGAAAAGGGUACGGAACCCGUGAGCAAAUUCUUCACCAAGGAACCAUCCAAAGGCGAUUCAGACCAAACAACCCCCGAGACGCCCAAGCAGCAGCAUCGCCUGCUAGUGGUCUGUGGGACCUACUCCAUCGGUAAGGAGCGAAUCUGCAAGGCUAUCGCCCAAGCUCUCAACACCAAAAUCUACGCCUCGGCCGCCAAGAUCCGCCUGUGCAAGCAGCUCGGCGACCCUGAGCUCUCGGCGCUCAUGACGAGCAACCCGCGCGAGGGCCAGGUCCACAUGCAGAUGCUGAUGGAGAUCCGCGCCGAGACGCUGCAGGAGUACCUGAACGGGUACAAGGCGCACGGCUUCAGCCGCAUCGUCGGGUUUCGGCCCUCCGGCUGGAACUUCAGGAACCCGCAGAGCAACGCCAAGACCGUCAGCGCCAACCUGAGCCCCAGCUCCGUCCCCAUGCCGCAGAUUCUGCACGGCCCGGCCUGGAGGACCAGGUUCGGCGCCGCCGACUUCGUCGCCCAGAGGGGCAGCACCAGGGAGGCUAUGUGCUUCGGCGUGCCGUACUCGGAGCACAGCAGCUUUCGCGAGCUCGCCUUGUUCACCAUGUCACUGCGCAUCGAGAAGAUCGUGCCCACCGUCAACGUGGGCAGCGAGCAGAGCCGGAAGAGGAUGAAGGGGUGGCUGGACCGGUGGGUGAGCGAGAGGCGGCGCGGCGGUGUUGUGGGGGUACUGGAGGAAGAGGAUGAACAAGAAGAAGAGCUUCCGCACGAUGCAGACACAGAUGCAGAUGCUUCUGCCAAGAUCAAGAAUGGCAAAGAGAAGGUGCUUUGGGAGGGCAAGGAUGGACGGGGCGGUGGCGCUGUAUGGUGAUGAAAUCACAAUGAGGAACAACCAUGUCAAAGUAGGAUA